AUGCAUAUACAUUGCAUUCGAUUCAAACCGUUCGCACCCAGUUUUACUUCUCAUCUGCUCCGCCGUCAGGCGGCACCAGCAGCACUGGCGACAAUGGCGGUGACCUUCCCGAACGCCAUGCAGGAGGACACCUUCAUCCACGCGCUCGCCCUUGAACUCGCCAACCUCGGCUUUAAGAGGGACAACUGCAUAGCGCUCGUGAACACGUGCCGAGACGAAGUUUGUCGGCCGAUAGUGAAGCUGAUAGACCGCGAGUUUGGGCUGUCGUUCAACAUCGCGGGGCUGGGAGGGCUCGUCAACUGCGGCACCACAGGGUUCAAGGCCGCCAUGUCGCACUCGCCAGAGUUUCCCUGUGAAGUCAAUGGUGACCAAGUGCGCGAGAGAUACGUCUUCUUUGGCUUUCCACACGUGUCAGUGGGGGAGUCAGGCCAGGUGGGGUCGCUGCUCAGGCGAGGCCGGGGCAAGCCGUCCAGUGCGUGUGGGGCGUUGAUUGCCAUCAAGAACGACAUAUCGAAGGGAGGCUUGGUGGAGGAUGAUGCUGAUGACAAGGAGUAUGUGCUGCUCAAAAAGAAGAUCGCUGCUCGGUCCGCUCUCCCAGGUGCAUUCCUUUGGAUCGAGUGGCCCGUCGCUGGUGCGAGUAACCAAGGCAGCAUUGGGGGCAAUCACCGAGGACAUAGAGAGGCUGGUGAAGCGCACUGUGAACCCCGAGACUGCAGACUAUGCCGUCAUCACUGGCGUGCAAAUACACUCCGGCUAUCAGAUUCCAGGGGAGCCUUUUCAGCUGGAGCGUACUUGUGA